AUGAGGGAGCUGCAGCAUCCCAACCCCAGGCGCAAUGGCAACAUCAGCCAAAGCAACAACCUACUCGCCACUCUGAGUGAAAUGCAAAUUAACGCGGAUUACAUCCAGCAACUCAGAUGGAACAUAAGGACCAAGGUGGAUAAUUUAAUGAGCAAACUAUUCCCCAUAACGAGAAAAAAAGAGGAAAAGAGAUUUAUAGUUAUAAUUGAAAAAAAAAAAAAUUAUGAUAACUUCCGAUGCCCAAUAUGCAUGUUGAUAUUGUACAAGCCAGUGAGGACAAAAUGUGGCCACAUGUUUUGCAAGGAAUGCAUAGAAUACGUUUUAAAAAAGUUCGACUACUGUCCCAUGUGCAGGGAAAACAUAAAGGAGUGCAAAUUGGCCCCUUUGCGAAAUAGCAUCUUGGGCAAGGAUUACACAGAUAUAAAAAUCAGAUGCUGGAAGUGCAAGGAUAUUACUGAUAUAGAGCAUUAUGAAGCCCAUAUGGAAAGUCACUUGGAUGACGACGCUGAGAGGGGAAAUAACUGCUUGAGAGGGAGCGGCGUCCCUACAUGCCUCCUCCCCGACAUGACACCGGGAAACGUCUCAUGUAUAGGGGAAACCCUACAAGCUGAUCUGACAGAUCCGCUCAUUCGAGCUCUAAGCCCAUUCUUCAAUAAACGAAUGAACGUAGCAAAUAGAGACAAAUUUGUGAAAGCUGUGAGGGACAACCAACUUAACACGGACAUACACAGUGUGCACCUCCUGCUUGGGAAAAAGGCCGAAAGGGAAACCCCAAAUGGGAUGGAAGGCGGGCUAGGAAAUUCAUAUGGAAGCCAAAGCAGGAACCCCAACGUGUGUCCAAGUACGAACCGCAAUUUGUAUCGAAGUACGAUCCCAUGUCGACGAAACUGCGAAAUGAUCAGCAUGGACCACAUCACAUGGGACGCGUUCAUCCUUGUGCAAAUAAAAAGGGAGAAAAAGAAGAAAAUGUGUAAAUCUGACGCGAGGGACGACGAUAAAGCAGACAGUUCUGUGUUGCCGUCGCCAACUGGUGACUUCAGAGGAGAGGAUAACAUGGGUGACUCCCCCUCGGACAAGAAGGAUCGACCUACGCAACUUAGCAGGAGGGAUAUCCUAUACACAUCAGACAAUUUUGAAGCUUACCAAAAAAGGAAAUUAAAAAAAAAUAAAACAAACAAGUACUUUUAUGUACUCCUCGAGUACAACGCGAAGGGGUUGUUUUUCACCCCCAUGAAAAACAUUCCCGUCUUUAAAGACAUGAACAUGGAAAGGAGUGUCAUUUAUAGGGGUGGAAGAAAGCCUGGGGAGGGGAAAAGGGACCACCCUCCUUCCCCCGAUGAGCAAUUAAUUGACAUCCUAGUCAUGAUGAAUGAAAAAAUAAAAUCCAAAACCUACCACAAGUAUCUGUACAAUGCCGUUCAUUUAUUUCAUGAGUUUUCAAAUUGGUACUGCCGGAUAGGGCAGAGGGACACAAAAAUUGCUGUAAAAAGAACCCAUUUUAGAAAGAGCCACCUGGAAGAUUUCGAACUCAUCCUUCUGCUCUUUUAUUUGAAAUACGAAUGUACGAUGCCGAAAAAUGUCGACUACGUUGCUAUGUACUCCUGUGCAGCUUUUCUAAACAAAGUGAUGAGCUCCCAGAAAGAAUCUCACCAAGCUGUGUUCGUGACGGAUGUAUACACAUAUAGAGUGAAUGCAACAACUCGGGGGAAGCACCGUCAGGAGGGAGAAGACACAAAUAAGUCGAAUUCGCUUGCUUGCGUUUCAAGCAUCUCUUUAAGAAAGGCAGACGUCAACAUUUUCUUUGUGCUCCGCGUGAGGGGGGGGAGGCGAAAUGCACGUGGAGAGCAAGAGGCAGGUGUAGUGGCGGGCGUAGAGCAGCAUCAAAUGAAGGCAGAACCCAGAGGACAUUUGCACUAUUAUGAUGACGUCACAGAUUUAUGUUACCUCCUGCUUUGCUACUCUGACAUGGGAUUCCAGUGGGACGUAAAUGAAUCCCUAGAGUUUUCAAAAACGAAAAAGAAUAUGCCUUACAAGGAGAUGGAAGUGUUUUUUAGUAUCGACAAAUUGAUACUCUGCCUUUUCAACGUCCGAAGGAAGAAAUAUAGCCCUUUAUUUUGGAACUCCGCCCACCUGCUGCAGUACCUUUUGCACUUCUGCGCCCACUGA